AUGUUUUACGCACAUUUUGUGCUGGCCAAAAAAGGCCCAUUGGCCAAAAUUUGGUUGGCGGCUCACUGGGAUAAGAAAUUAACUAAAGCUCAUGUAUUCGAGACGAAUAUUGAGAAGUCGGUGGACGGCAUUUUGAAGCCGAAAGUUAAAAUGGCAUUGCGUACAUCUGGCCAUUUAUUAUUGGGUGUGGUGAGAAUCUACUCUAGGAAAGCCAAGUACCUACUGCAGGACUGUAAUGAAGCCUUCGUUAAGAUCAAGAUGGCCUUUAGGCCGGGGAUGGUGGACUUGCCCGAAGAACACAGAGAAGCAGCCAUGAAUGCUAUUACAUUGCCUGAAGUUUUCCACGACUUUGACACAGCUAUGCCCGAGUUGAAUGAGGUUGACAUUGAGGCACAGUUUUCUCUAAAUCAAUCAAGAGCUGAGGAGAUUACUAUGAGAGAGGAUUAUGGUUCAUUGAAUCUUGUAACUCAUGAUGAUGGAUUUGGUGAUAUGGGUUUUGAUACCGAUAACCCUGAUAUUAUGAGAGAAGCGAUCGGCAAUGAAGGGGGAUUAGAACAGAGUAAUCUGCUGUUUGCCGACGGUUCAUCUUUAGAGUUGGGUGGCAAAGACGCAAGUAAUAAUGCAGGGGUGCCAACAUUAGCACCACCAUCACACGAGCCGCGAAUGGAAGCCGCACCAAAUGGACCCAUGGAUGAUGGUUUUGGUGGCACUAUUGGAGAUGUUGGAGAUUUUGGACAUGCUGGUGGAUUAUUUGAAGGGGAUUUGUUUGGUGAUGUAACAGCUGGCAGCUCUGCCGGUGGUGCAAACGCUGGCUUACCAGGCACAUCAGCACAACCACAGUCAUUACAGGCGGAGAUAGAAGCCGCGGGGGGCGUUGGCUCGGAGGCUGCGGAUUCAGACGACGAUAUGCAUUAUGACGCGCCACCAUCACCUCAUUCUACCGGCGACGAUCAUGGAGAUGACAGGAGGUCUCCACAACACGAACAACACGGCUGGACGUCACCUCGCGAGGAGGCGAGAGGUGAUGAUGCAUUAAUGCCGCCACCCGCGGCACCUAGACCGAGCUCCGUCAGGCCUAUGGAAGUGGAUCAAGAAGCGCCAGCGGAGGAGACUCCAAACGAGGAAGCUGUCCCUCCCGCGCCCGCCGUAGAAUCUUCAGCUCAGCAACAGAAUGAUGAAGAAUCGUUUGCCUUGGCGCCUGUAGACGCUACUGUUGUUAAAGGUGCACCUAAAACGAAACGCAAGCGCAAGCUUAUUGUGGACGACACUAAAAACAUAUCAGGGGAAGAAAUGAAGAAUCAAUUGAGUAACACAUCAGAUAUAUUGAUAACUUUGGACUUGGCUCCGCCCACUAGAAGACUGAUGCAUUGGAAGGAAUCUGGAGGGGUAGAGAAAUUGUUCACUCUACCCGCUAUCCCUAUACCCUCCAGAGUACUGUUUAAGAAGUACCAGCAGUAUCUACAACAACGUAUGGAGCCCGAGCCUGAAGAAGCGGCGAAGUCACCAGACCCCGAACCGCCUGUCGCAAGAAGAGCAGGACGCAAACGAAGACACGAUGAUAGUAUUCAUCCACCCGAAACGCCAGCCGCUCCUCCACAAACAGAAUUAGAACCUCCAACUCCGAUGCCACAAGAGUAUGAACCAUCGAUUGGUAUGCUGUCAUCUUUGGGUGCUCCUCUCACGCCAGGCGGCCUGGGUCCUUUAACUCCCGGUACAUUACUUCAAGGUGGCAUCACGCCUGGCAGUUUACCACAUGGGGCUAUGACACCAGGGGGUUUGACACCCGCGGGACUGCACCAUGGAGAUCAACCGGAUCUUGGUUUGCAUUCUGGUAUGAUGGCUGGUGGAAUGACUCCCGGCGGUAUGACUCCGGGCUUAGGUUUAGACGGUGGUAUGACACCGGCUGGGUUACAUCAUGCUUCAAUGACACCAGGGGGUCUUGAUCACGGUGGUAUGACACCAGGUGGUCUCGGUCAUGGUGGAAUGACACCGACGGGUCUCGGUCAUGGAGGUAUGACCCCAGCCGGUCUUGGUCACGGCGGUAUGACGCCUGCUGGGCUGAGUCACGGUGGCAUGACCCCUGCGGGAUUAGGUCACGGCGGCAUGACUCCCGCCGGCCUUGGUCACGGUGGUAUGACCCCUGCUGGACUCGGUCACGGCGGUAUGACCCCGGCUGGACUACAGCACGGUGGUAUGACACCUGCUGGGUUGCAACACGGCGGUAUGACACCUUCAGGGUUGCAGCACGGCAUGCUGCAACAUGGUAUGGAGUUGCCGAUGAUGCCGCAGAUGGGUGGCGAGCACCCGCUGCUGUCAGCAACACCGCUGGCGCACCAUCAGCACUCGCACGACCUACACACAGCACCCAUGGACCCGCUGCCGUUGCCUCUAGAUCACCCUGAUUAUCAGAGUGGCAUGCAAAUGACUAAUCUAGGAUACGAUGACAACAACGGCCAGCAGAGUCCGCAACAUGAUUACGACUUACCGCUCAGUGUUGAAAAUCCGGAGGAAGGUGGUAGUGAUGCUCGUGAGGCUGGUGAAACGGAGGAACAGUUUGAAGAGCGUGUCCUUAAUAGAAGGGCUGCACAACUGUUCGCUGUAAUGAGGCCCAAACUGGCUGCAGGCUUGAUGCUAGCCUUCACUGACUUAGCACCGAGACAUAAUAAUAGGAAGCAGGUGGCGCAAAAAUUCUACAGUUUACUAGUUCUCAAGAAGCAUCAAGUGCUAAAGUUAGAACAAAACGAAACAUAUGGACCUAUCACAGUUUCCAAAGGCCCACAGUUCGAAACGGAUUCUAUAUAA